CCGGAUGUCAACAAGCAGAUCGAACUCUUCAGCUCCGUAAAGGCUGGAAAGCUACACACGGAUGAAAACAAUAUUUCAAAAUGAACACAUUCGAUUACUUCAGGAAGUACCUAUUUGAUUAAUUUAUCAAGAUGGUAUGAGCAACAUGAAGAUAUUGGGCAGCAUCUUUUUUGCUGCUUAUAUAUCUACUUUUUUAUGCAAAGGAUUUGCAACAACAUACUACUGCAAAGAUAAAGAAACCAUAAGCAUCGAAGGUGAGUCCACAGGAAUAAUUCACACAAUAGCCUUGGGGGCUGGCAGCUAUGACAACAAUGUGGACUGUUCCUGGAAGAUAAAUGCAGGAGAUGGGAACCAGCUACACAUGAAGAUACUGUCCUCCAACUUAGAGUACACCCCUCCCUACACCUCCUGCUUUACCAGGGACAGCCUUUUUAUAUUGGAGGGGGAGACACCAAGCUUGGAGGUUUUGGUCUCACUGUGCGGCUACUUCAAUCCUUUUGAGGUCACCAGCAAAGGCCAACAUAUUUACCUCAGGUUCUCUACCAAUGACAAGAACUUUUAUGAUUAUUCAGGCAUCAGACUGCAAUUCCAAACUUUUGGAAAUACAUCCUGUCCUCCAGAAUGGAGAGAGUUAUCUCCCAUGGAGUGCUACAAAAUUAUGACAAACCCCACUGAUGGCCUUGUUUGGUCCACUGCCCAGGAGUACUGUGGAUACAGCAUGUCUAACUUAAUUGUCAUCCCAACAGAAGCCAUAUUUACAGUGAUUCAAGCUUAUGCAGUAAAUGUUUCUGUGGAGAAAUUUUGGAUUGGGUUAAAUGACAUUGAGACAGAAAACACUAUAGAAUGGAUUGAUGACACAACACUUUACCCGAACAGCAAAUUGCAGACAUCAUCAAUUUCCGAAACAAAUGACUGUGUUAUUCAAGAUACAACGAAUGCAAAAUGGGAGUUUAGACAUUGCACCAGAGAAAAGUUUCCAUUUGUUUGUCAAAGGAAGAAAGUUGAAGAGACAAAAUUUUUCAGGAUACCAGAAGCUGUUGACAAAGACAAGAAGAAUGGAUCCCACCAGUUCCCCUGGGCUGUAUCCCUCGGGGCAGGAGGCGCAGCCCUGAUAAUCAUUUUGAUCCUCGUCUUUUGUGUCAGGAAAGUUCAGAUUUCACGGAAUAACAAUUACCUGCCCGGUCAGGGAGAGGUGGACAGGCUAACACUGGAGAACACCGAGAGGAAUCGAUUAGCCAAUCAGCGAAGGGCGUCAAACUCCAAGGAGACCGGGUUCUCCAAUUCUCCGCCUUCAUAUGAUGAUCACAUGGGAAAUACACGACCUUCGCUUUACUAAGAUGUAUAUAACUGACGAUCUUGAUUUUUAUCAGAAUGUGAGGUAAUUUGCUGUUCUUAGAGAUUUACAUUAAGUUUGUUGAUUUAUGUUUGUUUGUUUUUUUUUUUUAGUGGAAUCAUUAAAAAAAAAACUGUGGAUUUGUAGAGUUUAGAUGUCUAUGAUUGAACUAAAAAUAGCAUGAGAAUAGAUAUUUUUGACCAUCAAGUACCAUUAUAUGUACUAUUGAUUUAUUUUAUAUUCUGUUUGCAUGGGUCAGGUUUGUUAUACUAGUAUGUAAUAUGACUGGAUCUUAAUUCUUAUGACAUGAAAAUGACAUUGCCAAAUCAAUAAUGUGAAUAGGGAUGGGUGGAAGUGCAUGUAAUUUUUUAUUCUGAUACUCGUAAAGUGUUUUGAUUUUAAUACUUACGGUAUAUUCUUAAAUUUUAGUGAGUCAGAGCCAAUGUAUGUCUGAUUUGCAUGGAUUAUGAAUUGAUAAUUAAUGCAUGUUAAUUUUUUAUAACCAUCUGCAGUACUCUGUACAUGAACCGGCAACAUUUAUUUGUGGAUAUUAAUAGUAUAACCAAUACAAUCUAAGCUUUACCAUAAUUAAUGAUGCAUAAUAUUUCUGGUGACAUGAGAAAUUAUAAAACCUAUGUUGCUUGGUUUUAUCAAGUGAAUAAUAUUUCUGUAAUUUUCGUACGUCAGCAGUCUGCAUUUAAUGUCAAGUGAAGGAUGUUUAUCUCAUAAGAAUUGAAAUAGACAAAUUGAUAAUGUACAAAUUGAAUCGCAGGAAAAAUGUAUUUUUUAAAUAAUUAUUUUACAGAAUUGAAUAUCUAAGCAAAUGUGUAGAUAUUGUAUUAAGCUAUAACAAUGUCUUUUAUGAAACAGAAGCUAAUUAAGGUUCAUAUCACUUUGAUCUCUGUACUCUCAGCUAAAAGUUUGCAUGAAUAAUGAUGAUAUUCUUCAAGAAAUCCAAGUUACAUGCAGUUUUAGCAAAUUUUAAGGGCAAAAUUUAUCACGACAAUUUGAUGUAAGAUGAUCAAAAGCUGAUGUAAAUUAAGUUCUAUCGAGAGUUAUCUUUCUUAUCAGAGGGUAGGUAGAAAGAGAAUCUCAAGACAACCCAAGUUUUGUGUGUAUUUUAUCUGUGAUAUUUAUGUGGAGUAAUCUGAAUUGAAGUGAAUUGUCCAUUCUGUAUAGCUUCAAUGUAGUGAAUUAUCCCUUGCCUAGUCUCAAUUCGUGUGUUUUUGUGUUAUUAUAAGGUUACAUAUCUAAUAGAAUUUGACAAAGCCUUUUUGGGGGGAGGAAGGGGGAUGCUUCCACCAAUUUUCAAUUUAAUAAACCUAAAGUGUAUGCUAAAACCAAAUAUAAAUGUUUGGGGUUUUUUGUUAAAUACUUGUCAUAUUUGUCCUUUGCGUUUGGUAUUUAUAGAUAGAAAGGGCAUUGUGUAGAAUAAGUGGGGAUAAAUACAGGCAUUGCAGAAUUACAUAUAUUAAACCUAUUGCAUUUUUGUAUAAAUAUACCAAAUUUGGUACAUAUGUUGAAAUACAUGUCUAUGCCUUUGUAAUGCUCGAGUAUUUUAUUACUUUUAUACAGUCACAUACAUGUACAUAUAUCAAUUUGUAAAUUAAAAUUGUUGGUAAUGCUCAGCCUGUAAUAUAUAUUUAUAUACAAUUUGUUUUUGUUAAUAAAGUGAGAAAACAGA